AGGCGGAGGAGAAAGAACAUGGCGGGCGCCGCGGGCCCUGGGCUCGGCCCCGGGGCAGCGGGCGGAGAUGGAGACGAUUCGCUAUACCCGAUCGCGGUUUUAAUCGACGAGCUCCGCAAUGAGGACGUGCAGCUCCGUCUCAACAGUAUUAAGAAGUUAUCAACAAUUGCUCUAGCACUUGGAGUAGAAAGGACGCGAACUGAACUGCUGCCAUUCCUUACAGAUACAAUUUAUGAUGAAGAUGAGGUACUGUUAGCUCUUGCAGAGCAGCUGGGAAGUUUCACUGGCCUGGUGGGAGGUCCUGACUUUGCCCACUGUUUGCUGCCUCCUUUGGAAAGUCUGGCAACCGUGGAAGAGACUGUGGUUCGAGACAAGGCAGUGGAGUCUCUGAGGCAGAUCUCCCAGGAGCAUACUCCUGUUGCUCUGGAAGCCCACUUUGUACCUCUGGUGAAACGCCUAGCGAGUGGGGAUUGGUUCACUUCUCGAACAUCUGCGUGUGGUUUGUUCAGCGUUUGCUAUCCCAGGGCUUCAAAUGCUCUCAAAGCAGAAAUUAGACAACACUUUCGUUCCCUGUGCUCAGAUGACACACCAAUGGUACGACGUGCAGCUGCUUCCAAAUUGGGCGAAUUUGCAAAAGUUUUGGAAUUAGAUAGUGUGAAAAGUGAAAUUGUUCCAUUGUUUGCUAAUCUGGCUUCAGAUGAACAGGAUUCAGUGCGUCUCCUAGCUGUGGAAGCCUGUGUCAGUAUUGCCCAGUUACUCUCUCAGGAUGACCUUGAGGCUUUGGUGAUGCCUACUCUUCGACAAGCAGCGGAAGAUAAAUCUUGGCGAGUUCGCUAUAUGGUAGCUGACAAAUUUUCAGAGCUCCAGAAAGCUGUGGGUCCUAAAAUCACCCUAAAUGACCUCAUCCCCGCCUUUCAGAACCUACUUAAAGACUGUGAAGCUGAAGUCCGAGCAGCUGCUGCCCACAAAGUCAAAGAACUUUGUGAGAACUUGCCCAGUGAAGGUAGAGAGACCAUAAUUAUGAAUCAAAUUCUGCCCUAUAUAAAGGAAUUAGUAUCUGAUACAAAUCAGCAUGUCAAAUCAGCUCUAGCUUCUGUAAUUAUGGGAUUGUCUACCAUUUUGGGCAAAGAGAAUACCAUUGAACAUCUUCUACCUCUUUUUUUAGCUCAGUUAAAGGAUGAGUGUCCUGAAGUUCGUUUGAAUAUCAUCUCCAAUUUGGAUUGUGUAAAUGAAGUGAUUGGAAUCCGUCAGCUCUCUCAGUCUCUCCUUCCUGCCAUAGUGGAGCUGGCUGAAGAUGCCAAGUGGAGGGUCCGGCUGGCCAUUAUUGAGUAUAUGCCACUGCUGGCGGGCCAGCUGGGUGUGGAAUUCUUUGAUGAAAAGCUGAAUUCUUUAUGUAUGGCCUGGCUUGUGGACCAUGUAUAUGCCAUCCGUGAAGCUGCCACCAGCAACCUCAUGAAACUAGUUCAGAAGUUUGGUACAGAGUGGGCCCAGAAUACCAUCGUUCCCAAAGUGUUAGUGAUGGCAAAUGAUCCUAAUUACUUGCAUAGAAUGACCACUUUGUUCUGCAUUAAUGCGCUCUCUGAAGCCUGUGGUCAAGAAAUAACCACUAAGCAGAUGCUGCCCAUUGUAUUGAAAAUGGCAGGAGACCAAGUAGCAAACGUCCGUUUUAACGUGGCCAAAUCUCUACAGAAAAUUGGACCAAUUCUAGAUACUGAGGCUUUGCAGGAGGAAGUUAAGCCGAUACUACAGAAGUUAGGCCAAGACGAAGAUGUGGAUGUCAAAUACUUUGCACAGGAAGCUAUAAGUGUGCUUGCGUUGGCAUAAUGAGGAACAGGAGGGAAAAGACUUUACUAAAUUCUUAUCACAGAUUUCUAGUCAGUGUAUUCUUAAACUGGGUGGAGAAAAAAUGGAAAACCUUCAAGACCUCAUCCAAGCAAAUGGCAACAACAACAAGAAAUCAAAUUUCAAUGACUCGAUUCUUUCUAAAAAUGAAAUGGGAUUGUUUUUUACUUGUCUUCCUUGUUGGGAUAAUAAUAUUUAGAACCAUUCUUGUUAUUUGUGAUGAAUUCCUGACACUUGAUACAGUCAUUUCUUGAUUGUCGCCUAAUGAUUUAUCUGGCACUGGCUGGGCACCUGUAUCCUCACUGUUUAAUCAGGCCCCAGCCACUUAAUAUUCCUGACCAAGUGUGGAGGGGUUUGGACCCAGACGUGGGGUGGAGUGAUUCUCUUGAUGUUUACUUAUAUCUGUGUCUCUCCAUCAUUCCAAAGUUAAAUGUACAUGGUUUAGAGUAACUUGUUUUAUAAACACUCUAUUUGGGAGACACAUCGAGAUUUAACUGUAGUGAAAGCUACAUUUUUCCUGGAUAAUGAUGGUCUGCAUCAAUGUCUCACAUGAAAGGGAAUGUGAAAGCUCAGGGUUUAUGUAUUGGUUGUUUUGGUUUUUAUUUGCUUGAUUUUGACUGUAAUCAUGUCAUUGAGAAACCUGAAGUGCAGACAUGUGACAUUGAGCUUGCUGCUAACGUGUGAUGUUGAAACUUUAACUGAAUUUCAACAGCUCUCCACUGUGACUGCAUUCAAAAAUACUUUCUCUCUCCAUCCCCUGAGAAACUUAAAAGUUAGUGCUUCCCAAUAAGCAGUGAUUCUACUGUUUGACUGUAAGAUUGCAGUUUUGUAUUUCUAAUGAGUAAAGGAACUGCUGGUAUAAUCCUGUGAGCAUUUCCUGCUCUUUCCCUGGCUCUGCUUCCAGCUGUGUGAACAUCUGGUCCUUGCUACAUCCUACAGUAGUGGCUUUCCAAACUGAAGUUCGUUACUAAUUUUUUUGUAUGGGUGAUGCUGGAAUCUAAUCAUUUGAAAUGUUUGUUUUUCUACUUUUACAGUAAAACCUCAUUAAUUCUUCCUGGAAUUUAAGGUAAUGAGUUUAGCUGAAGAAGUUUGCUGAAGUAAAUUAGUAGUAUGUCAGGAAGCCUGUUGUGUCUGAGCUACUUACACAAUUUUAAAGCUCUCUUUAAAAAGCACCCUUUUACUAGUUGAUAUGCCAAUUACUAAUCACUCUUCUCAAUUAUAUUAAAAUACCUUCCAUGAGGAUCUUUAUGAGGCCACAUCUUUUUUUAGAUAGAUUCAGUUUACUCUUUAUCCCUGAAAUAUAUACAUAUGUAUUUCAUGGAGAAUUUAAAUAUUUUUUAAAAAAUUUAUUUACAUUUUUCCCCUAAUCAAACUUGCCUUGUCCCUAAUGCAUUUUAAUUAAUGAGGUUUUAUUGUAGCUUACUUUUCUCUCAGUACAUCUUGCUAUGUUGUUUGUUUCCAUUUUGGUUUUCAAAAUUGUUUCUUUCAUUCACAACCUUUUUUAAACCCAGUGAGCCCUGUACUGUUCUGUGAAGGCCCAAAGACUCCUAAAAAGCUUUGUACAUUAAACCAUUACAUAAAACCAAGUUUGACCAAAUACUUUCAAGUGUGUCUUACCUUAGAAAAGCAGAACAUUUUAAGUCAGAAAUUAUCUGCCUGCAUUUAGAACUGCCAAAUUAUCUUAUAUUAAGUUUCUAUUUUAUUACUUUUUGGGCUAAGGAUUAAAUAUUUUCCUAAGCAAAAAUCUUUUCUAUGUUCUCAUUUUAAUAUCUUAAACUAUUAUGAUGUAAACAUUUUAAUUUUAGUUUCAUGGUUCUUUUUAUUUUUUAUUAUCUGCAGGUUAUGUUCCUCUUCAUUGAAGUUCAUAUUUGAGAGACUGUUGUCUUGAUUCUUGUAACAAAUAUGCACAACCAUUGCUUUACUCUUGGGCUGGAAAUGCCAUUGGUUUUGAAUGCCCUGUGUACUCCCUGGGGAGCCCUGUGCAUUGACCCCCACCCUAAGACUGUGGUAAAGGGGAGACAGUGAGCCCCUGCUUUCUGAGGCCUGGGUCAGGGAGCUCAGCAGGGCCCUGUCUUGUGGGUGACCCCUUAGGGACUUCAUUGUCUAUUUGUGACUGAAACAAUAGGGAAUCCUUUUAUUCCUCCUCAGAGGAAUUGUUCUUUGGCUCAUCACUUGGUCAUUUUCUCCGUGGAUUAGUUUUCCUAUCUUGAUUUCACCAGAAUGCUCCAGGAGCUCUGUAAGGGCAGGGAUUUGUGUCUGUUUUGUUUUCUGCUGUAUCACCAGCACCUAGGUCAGUGUUAGGUGUACUUAGUAGGUGCUCAAUAAAAGUGUGUUCAAUGAC